AUGUCUGCAGCAGUCGACUCCAAUCCACCAAAACAGUCAUGGGCGGACGAAGUUGAAGAUUUUGACGAUCUCAAGCCAUUGGAUACCAUCGAUGCGAAUGGAAUACGAACGAUCGUGGAAUAUGUUACUAAUGAGGCUGGGAAAAAAGUUAAAGUCACUCGAAAAAUCAGGCGAACGCUCCAAACAUCCUUGGUAGAUCACGUAGUUGCGGAGCGAAAACAGUGGGCGAAGUUCGGUGAAGACAAAGGCAGGAAGGCAGGACUUGACAAGGCCACCACCACUGUAGCGGAACGUGUCGAGCUCAAGCUUAGUGCCGGGAACAAAGCCGCAGAGCAGGAGCCUGAUGAAGAAGCUAAUAUCAAGAAGCAACUUAGCGGAAAGAAGAUUAUGUGCCGUUUGUGCCAGGGAGCCCACUUUACCUCAAAAUGUCCGCACAAGGAUGUCCUUGCACCAUUAGGGGGCGAUGCUGCUGAUUUAGGUACCGGGCAUGACGAUGAUAGCCCCGCCGACGCAGGGCGCGCUGCUCCUGCUUCCAGUGGUAAAUACAUCCCGCCAUCGAUGCGCGCCGGUGCCGGCCGCGGUGCAGGCGAGACAAUGAAUCGAAGCAGCCGCGAUGACCUUCCAACUUUGCGAGUGACAAAUGUGUCGGAGGAUGCAGCGGAAGACGACUUGCGAGAGUUGUUCUCAACAUUCGGGCGUGUUGCCCGCGUGUUCAUCGGAAGGGAUCGUGACACUGGUAUUGGCAAAGGAUUUGCUUUUGUCAGUUUUGAGGAUCGUGCACAUGCUCAAAAGGCGCUGGAAAAGAUGAAUGGAUACGGUUAUGAUUCUCUUAUUUUGUCAGUUCAAUGGUCACAGCCCAGAGAGUCUCGACCUGGCCCUUAGUUCAUACUGGUCGCAGGAUGUCAUGGAUCCAUGUUGUACUAGCUGCUUCGCCUCUUUGAUUCGAAUCUAACGCAUUGAAUUUCUUCACGCCAUCGCGAAACAACUCGGACAUUUCAAAGGACUGUUGGUUCUCCCCAUCGAUCCCCAGGCGAGGCUGCAACUGACGCUAUGUACACAUCACUCGGCUUGCAUAUGUCAAAGUCGUUAUUAGGAAGUGAAGAAGCGUGGCGUAUGGGUGUCAGUGACUCCGGAAUGUCUCCGAAUUCCGAAUUCAUCUAGGCUAUGACUUUUCAGAAAUAAUUGGAAGCAUGGCAGGGGCCGGCUUUAGCUAACCCCCCGAAACGUUCCAGCCCCAACGAGGCAGCUGGACUAACUUUCAGCAGAGUUUUGGCUGGGAUUGAUGUCGUCCCUCGCAACCUAACU